AUGGAUAGUUCAUGGUGGAAUUAUCGUACCAACUUAAAAUAUCAUCCAGGUACACAUGAAACGGUGCAGAAAAAACGCGAAAAAGUGCAGCACAUCUCCUUUCGAGACAAGGAGCGUUGUGAGAGGCGAUGCAUUGAAGGAACCCAUGAGAACUCUGCGAAAGCCAGUGAUGAAGAAAUAAGUAAGAGAAACGUUGUCAUCAAGCUAUCGGCAAACUCUCAGCGUCCAUAUCAAGUCGGAGAUAAGGUGCAUGAUCACUCCACCAGGGUAAUCAUAUCCCAUGCGGAGGCCAGUGAUAGUGGUGAAUACAGAUGUGCUGUGGGGCCAGACGGAUUGCUAAGCGACGCCCAAGUCGUCAAAGUAAUCGGUGAGAAAUGGAGCCAUUGA